AUGUCUACCUCCAUAAAUGAUCUACCACCUGAAAUGAUCGUACGGAUACUGCAAGAGUGCGAUAUUCUUACGAUAAGUCGGUUGACAGCUGUCUGCAAAUUCAUGCGGUUGAUAAUUGAUGCUCAUCAUAAAGCGCUACCAAGACGUGAACUGAAAUCGGUUACGGUUCAUUCGGAUUCUCUCACAAUCGUGCGAGAAAAUGAGGGCAUGAUUGGUCCAGAAGAAAAAGUGAAACCCCAUGGCUUUACUUCCCUAGAACAAAGUGGGAAUGUUUUGGCGUUUGCUGAUGUUGGAACGUUCCGGUUAGAUAUGCUAACUUUGACUGAUGAAAAGAGCACUACAUGGUCAUCGUUUUUUCGAACAUUCCAUACCAAGGCGUCUUCAUUGCAUUUCAAUAUUACUGUAGUCACUACCAGUGCAUUGCUAGAUAUAGUCGAGUCUCUAUGUCCCAAAUCGUUGACGAUUGAGUUCGAAAUGACUGAAGGUCCGCUACGGGUUCCCCGGCUCUGUCAACAUCAUGCUGUGCAAAAGAUCUCCGCUUUAACAUUGUUGAACUCAAAUAUCCUCGACGAAUGCCUGGAUACGAUCCGGAUACCUACCGUUCACCUUCAGGGUAACACUGAAAUCACUGGGUUUGGGCUUCAGAACGUGUUGUCGGACUGGUUGGCUGGAAAACGAACAAUCAAACUGUAUGAGAUUGCUGCCAGAGGCUUCGUCUCACCGUCACAUCUCUUCCACAACAUCCCAGCUGAACAUGUGGAAGACAGUGAUAGCUGGCUUAUUCGAAGAGGUGAUGACGUCCUGAUGGCGCCGAGUGUGAAGCGGAAACUCGAUGAAGUGUUAGAAGACCAUCAAUCAAUAAAAGUUCGCGGAAUAGAUGAAGUGGAACAAUCUGCAGUCACGACCAGCUUUUGCAAGGAUUGGUUUCAUGCUGCCAAAUCCAUCUUGAUCCUCGGCGACGGAAAUCUCAGCUUUUCUCUGGCUGUCGCCGAAUGCGAGCCGAAUAUUCCAAUUACCGCGACGGUUCUGGACUCGGAGAGUGACUUCGAAGCACGUUAUCCUAGUUGUGCUAAUCCUGAGAAGCUCAAAAAGCAUGAUAAUGUGGAUUUGUUGUUCAAGAUUGAUGCCACAGACUUGCCGCAAGAAUGGAAAGGACGAUUUCACUAUAUUGUUAUGAACUUUCCUCAUCCGGGAGGUAAAACGAAUCUGCGAAAAAGCAGAGAAUUAGCUAGUGCGAUAUUUCGCGGAGUUGGAAAGAUUAUGACCAAAGAGACAGAAUUUUACCUAGCUCUUGCCAAAGGUCAAGCUGGAGUGGAACCGAAUGAAAAUGGGUCAGUUUGGUCGAAAUUGCUACCGAAUCAUUCAAAAGAUAGCUGGCAAGCACUCUACCUCGCUGCUGAUGAAGGUCUCCUCCUCACCGAUCUCUGCACGUUUCCUUCUGGAGCUUUCGCAGGUUACAGUUCUUCUGGGUAUAAAUCUACAUCAAAAGGCUUCAACAACUCCAGGGGCGCUGUGAGAAUGCUCUUCAAAAAAUCUCCAAUUUUCACUUCACUAUCCGACAUUGUUUCUCUUAAACGUGAUCGCGAAGACUUUCAUUUACUUCGAUCUUAUUUCUACCAUGAUGUUUCGUUCUUGUUCUCUGAGGACAUUGAAGAAGGUGAAAAUAUAGUCUUCGAUUUGCUGCGCGAGCUCGCUGGCUCAGCAGUGAUCGAAAUUAGGGAAAUUGAAGAGUUGCGGUCUAUGUGCCCUGAUCCUUAUUUACCGAAUAGGAUUUAUCGGCUAACCUGGCAAAUCGUCGAGGUAGCUGUUGGGAAGCGGUUAUGUAAUGAUCUGCAGGAACAGCUACGAGGUGAAAUCCAGAAAUCAAUCAGAUGCAGGAAUUUACCUUUGAUCCUGACUUAA